CCCCCUCAGUCAGUCUGACCGCCCACAGUCCGGGGGGAGAAAGUGCUGCUUUGUGAAUGAAGGGAGCGGCGAAGGGCAGAAAACAAAACUUUACCAAAAUUACUUCCGACGGGUGACGAUUUUACAUUCAACUGAGAGGUUUCGACGGUGCAACAAGCGACACCUGGCCGACAAGGACCAAGAAAAUACAAAGCUCAUCUGUGCAGGUAUUUCAGAGAAGCUGUAAAUCAUGGUGGUGAGUUUGGCCUGUGUGGCUUGUCUCUGCCUGGUGGUGGCAGUCAGUGGUGACCCCUGCCUCAUCAUCAGCGAGAUCAACGCCGACAACCCCAGACUGGACACCACUGAGUUUGUGGAGUUGUAUCACACCAGUGGACAACGGGCUUCACUGGAUGGCUACACCCUUGUGUUCUAUAAUGGGAACGGAAACAUAGCCUACAAGGUGCUGGACCUGAAAGGCCACAGCACAGAUGACAGAGGAUUCUUCCUGGUGGGCUCGGUGGAUAUGCUGCCCAAACCUGCCAUUCUCCUGCCUCCCAACACAGUCCAGAAUGGCCCAGACGCCAUCGUCCUCUACCACACAUCUGCUGCUCGCUACAAUGAGAAGAUGAACGUCUCGGCCUUCGGGCUGGUGGACGCUGUCGUGUACAUGACUCGCCGUACUGGGGGCGCAGAGUUCCUGGCUGAAACGCUGACACCCGGGGAACCAGCCUUUGUAGAGGAUGAAACGGCACUCGAGGGGGACGAGUCAAUUGAGAGGUGCCUGCUGUCCGAAGAUCGCUGGGGCUUUCAGGUAUCCGCACCCUCGCCAGGUCAGAGGAAUAACUGCACCCCGCCUGCCGCCCCAGCAACCAUUCCUGUCAUUACUGAGCUGAAGCUGGGAGGAGGGCAGGUGGAUGGGCUUGUGGAGCUAACAGAGGAUCCAGCUGCAGGUCCUCUGGUGCUGGUAGUGUUGGAUGGGAAAACGGAUAGGGUCAGUGUGAGUGUGGACGUGCGUGUGAACACCUCCAGGAAUGGGUUGAUCUCCAUGACCAUAGAGAAGAAGUACAUGAAAGGAGAUGAGUCUGGGGCAGUGGCUAUUUACAGUGGCAGAGCCUCAGACUUCCCUGCGGGCAGUCCGCUGAGCCAGAUACAGCCUCUAGAUGCAUUUGUGUUUGCUGGACCUGGAAACAAGCCGAGUGCCAACCUCACAGAGACUCUCAUCCCAGGCAGACAGCCCUACCAACUCAGCAACAGUUUGAGAGAGGGAGGCUUCUGUUUGAGUCGCUGUGGUGUGGCCACCUGGGCCAGAGAUCCUAGUGUCUUCUGGGAGGCCCCGCAAACUCCUGGACAGCCCAACCAGUGCCCCUGGCCAAAGAUCUGCCCUCACAGUAUUGUUAUUCCAGGAGGUACAGAUUCACCGCCUCACCUCCCACCCUGGGGGAACAGUGACUUCCUGAUCAAUGAGCUGAACACUGAUACACCUGGCGCAGCUGAGGACGGCGAGUACAUCGAGCUUUGGCACCCAUCGGGACGCCGGGUCUCCCUGCAGAGCAUCUGGAUACUACUGUUCAGUGCACACAACAACAGACCCUACAGGGAGAUCAGCCUAAGUGGACACUUCACCACUUCUAAGGGCUACUUUCUGCUGGGCAGUGACAGGUUGGUGCCAGCUCCAUCACUCCGCCUGCCCCCUAAUACCAUCCAGAAUGGACCAGAUGCUGUGGCACUCUAUCGCAGCCCAUUUGGCCCACCAUCAGCCACACAAAGGGGGAUCCCCACCAAAGGCCUGCUGGACGCAGUCGUGUACCGGCAGAGAGGAUCAGAUAAGGAGGCGCAGGAGCUGAGUAAAGCUCUGACCCCAGGACAGCUGCCUCUGCUGGAGGAUCCAGAGGUUCUGCCCGGUGAUGAGGCCCUCAGCCGCUGUAGAGGCCUUUACCCCUAUGACCUGUCUGCUUUUUCAGUGGCUCCACCCACCCCUCUGAGAGAGAACAGCUGCCCCCGUCCCCCUCCAGCCCCAGAGGGUGUGGUCAUCAGUGAGGUGGCUAGUGGCCAUUGGACCAAUCACAGCCAGCAGCGGGCCUUUGUGGAGCUGCAUGGGCCCCCCAUGACAGACCUGCGGGGCCUGGUGCUCACUGUGUUUGACCAGGAGCGCAGUGGGACUGUCAUUGCCCUUCCUUUGACCGGAUCUAUCGACCAGGAUGGAUUUUACAUCGUUGGAAAUGUCACUGGAGCAGAUCAGACUUUCCCGGAGGGCUCCAAGGUGCCGGUACGAGGAGCAGUAGUCCUGUGCUAUGACCUGUUCAGUGUCUGUAGAGCUGGCACUGCUCUGACCAACUCCAGUCUCAGAGAUGUGCUUGUGUUCAGUGAAAACCAGCAGCUGCUCUCCUCUCUGUCUACCACCAGAGGGAGACAAGUGAUUCCAGCUCUCAGGUCAGUGGAAGAUGGCCCUGUUUCGCUCAGCCGGUGUUCAUGCUGUGAGGUGAGGAGCCCCGCCUCCUGGACAAGCUCCUCGCCCACACCUCACAGCACCAACCUCUGUCCGAGCUCCGCCUUCUCAAGUGACAUUGACCUUUGCCUCGGACCCCUAUCCAGUGUCUGGCAGGAGCAGUCAGGAGACUGCAGUGGUCUAAUCCAGGGGAAGAGGGUCGCUGAGGUGGCCGACUACCUGGAGCAGAGGUGUCACUGUGGCAUCUCUGCCUUGUAUCUUCGAGGAGCCAACUUUUCCUGUGUGUCUGGGUGGCUGCGAGUGUGGGGGAACAUCCAGGCGCUGUCGAACCAUCAGAAGGCCCUCAUCAUCCAGACAUCACACAUGAAUCCUUCAUCUGCUCAGGGAGACGUCUGCUCUGCUCCAACCAUGGACCGUUAUACAAGCACAGCGUCUGCCCUGGGGUUACAAAUAGGGCUGAUAGUAGCAGUGCUCCUGCUGCUGGGACUAGGAGCUGCUCUGUUCACAUAUUUCUAUAGGAGGAGGCGUCCUCUGGACUAUUACACCAUGGAGCUGAGUGAACACGCAGAGGGACUGUCGGAUCUAUAAUCCAGGCUUUGAAUCACUGUGUUUGCAUCUGGAAGUGCUCGUGUGCGUGGGAGGACUUCAGCAGAGACAGCGAGAGACGGGGGUCAGAGGUUAAUUUUACCUGUACGUAACUGAUCGUGCGGUUGUUUUGAAACGAAUGCCACCACAAGCGUCCUUCUGUGUGUCUAUGGGAGAUCACUAAUGAAAUGGCUAAUAGUUGUCUGUUAAGAGUGUGGUUGCAUCCAGUGUGUGGCAUGUGAUAUUUCAUGGCACCGGUGACACUUAAGGCAUCAAAUCAGGCAACCCAUGAGUUGCAUUUAAAAACAUAAAGAUAACAUAUUUUUCUAAAGGUCAAUGUACAACCUUUGCCUAUCAGUGCUGGUUACUACUUUCAAAGGAAAAGGAAGAUAAAAGGGAGGAUUUAAAAAAAAAAUACUUGAGUCCUAAAUGGUCAUUUUUGUUGACUUGUUCAUGUUACUGUGGAAAUUUAAAUUUAAAAAUUUAAACAACCAUGCUUUUGAUUUAUGCAGGAAUCUUCAUCACAUUCUCAGCUGGCACUACAGUGUUUUAACAACAGACUUUAUAACCAAGAUAAUAUUUGUUAAGCUCACAUUUAUAUUUCAAAAUGGUCACCUUCCUGCUUUGUUUUCCUGCUACAUGCUGUAAUAGUCCAUUUUAGACUCUAGUCACUCAAAGGGCUUGAUUGUCUUUUAAAUGUGAAUGUCUAGCUAACUUGUGAUGAGUGUCUGUAACCACUUUUGUAUGCUUACCUAAAGCACACUGUUUACAUUUUCUUGAUUGAAAAUUAGAAAAAGGAAUGUGAGAGACUGAUGUUGAAGUAAUUUCUUGAAUGAAGAGUAUUGAUGAGUAUUUGUUUUUAGAAAUGAGAGAUUGCUUGGUGUUAAGAAAAUCAGAGCUAUUUUAUGUUCCGCUUGUGUUUUUCUUAGUGGCUCAGUAACCUCUACUGUGCCUUUUACUUGUGUGUUAUUUGAACCACUGAUUCCUCAUUUAUUAGAGGGAACGUACAGCCAUCUCUGCUGCAGCCAUAAGUGUAAAUACUAUAGAUAUGAUGUUAGUAUUCUCGGGGGGUAGCAGUUAGCGGCAGUCUGAAAUGAUAACUUAUUGUAGAAAUACAGAAACUAACAGGGUUCAGUGAAAAAGUGAAAUAUUCUGAUAAUUCUGUUAGUAGUUAGUUUGAUUCCACUUUUUAAAUAGAUUCCUAAAGUAAUCAUAAAAUUUCCGCCAUAUAAAGCGCCAUGAAAUAAACGUAUAAGCUUGGAUAUGCUCCAUUUUUAAUAUAGUUGAUGUGCUGCUUACCUUGUUAUGUUGCCUUACUCAUCUGCUGUGGUGCACAGAAUUAGUUUGUUUUAAUUACCUUGGUGAUUUUCCUCCUCUGUACGAUUUUCCUCAGUUCUAAUUUCCCAAUAUUCACAUUUAUUAAUGCACCUCUGUCAAAUAAAAUUAAGCCCAUUGUUUUACAGCAAGUUCAACUAUUUAAAAAAAGAAACUAGAUGGAAAAUCAGCAAAAUCAUAUAAAUUAAGGCCUUUUUUUUUUAGCUUUCAACGUGAGCAAAUAUGAUGUUUUGCCCCUUGAAAUUAUGUUAUGUAAUGUUCAUAAAAUGUCUGUUUUGUAAACGUCUAUAUUUUUAGGUUUUGUGUAAAAUGGUACAUGUAGAAAGUUUUAAACAAAAAGCAGAAGGAGUUUGCACCUCAAUAUUAUAGCCCAAAUAAUAUAUUGACAUGCAAAUGUGUUGACUAUGUACACUAAUGCUCAGAGCACUUGUUUAACAUGAGAAUCACAUUCAUCCCUAUAUAUACUGUAUUUACAGUGCACUGACAACAAUCAUAAGAAGUGGGAAAGAAGUAUAUGGCUGAACAAAGAACAUGUGGUUGUUUAACCUCAGUUGCAUAUUCACAGAUCAGGAGCACCAGCAUUCAAAUCUAACACAACUGUAAGAAAAACUCACAAAUCCUUUACUGGGCACUAAAAUUCUGUGUACAUACAGUAAAUAAUCAUGGUCUACAGCAGAAGAUGUCACAGAAAACAUUGGAAAGAAAACUCUGUAUCAUCUGCAAACCCAGAUCAUAAUUUAAAAGCUUUCUUUCCUGUGUUUUCCUUCCAGCUUAUUUUCCCAUUUUCCAAUGCCAUGCACAUGUAUCAGGUUUGAAUGAAAAUACUUCCACAGAUGUACAA